AUGCACAUUGAACAACAGAAUUCAGUCAGUAUUUCAGGAGAUGGAAACCCCAAGGAGAGCAGUCCCUUCAUUAAUAGCACAGAAGUUGAAAAAGGAAAAGAGUAUGAUGGAAAAAACAUGGCUCUUUUUGAGGAGGAAAUGGACACCAGCCCAAUGGUAUCAUCCCUUCUCAGUGGACUAGCCAAUUACACCAAUCUUCCCCAGGGUGUCAAAGAACACGAAGAGGCUGAAAAUAAUGAGGGGACCAGAAAGAAGCAAGUCAAGGCUACACGGAUGGGUACAAUCAUGGGAGUUUACUUCCCCUGCCUGCAGAAUAUUUUUGGAGUCAUAUUGUUCUUGCGCCUGACAUGGGUUGUGGGAAUUGCUGGAAUCAUGGAAUCUUUCUUCAUCGUCAUGUUGUGCUGCUCCUGUACUAUGUUAACAGCAAUCUCGAUGAGUGCAAUUGCUACCAAUGGUGUUGUACCAGCUGGUGGCUCCUACUACAUGAUCUCCCGCUCACUGGGUCCAGAAUUCGGAGGUGCCGUGGGCCUCUGUUUCUACCUGGGAACAACCUUUGCUGGUGCUAUGUAUAUCCUGGGUACCAUUGAAAUCCUGUUGACAUACAUUUUGCCCAGCAUGGCAAUUUUCAAAGCAGAGGAAGCCAGUGAGGAGACAGCAGCCAUGUUGAAUAACAUGCGCGUGUAUGGAACGUGUGUCCUCACCUGCAUGGCUCUUGUAGUCUUUGUAGGAGUCAAAUACGUCAACAAGUUUGCACUAGUGUUCCUGGCCUGUGUCAUCUUAUCCAUUCUUUCCAUUUAUGCCGGAGUAAUCAAAUCUGCAAUUGAUCCACCAAACUUCCCUGUCUGUAUUCUAGGGAACAGGACAUUGUCACGGCACAGUUUUGAUGUAUGCGCUAAGGUGAUGACUGUGGCCAAUGAAACAGUGACCACCAAGCUUUGGCAGCUCUUCUGCACGUCUAGUUUUGUCAACGCCACCUGUGAUGAAUACUUUGAGAACAACAAUGUCACUGAACUUCAAGGGAUCCCUGGAGUCGCCAGUGGACUUCUCAUGGAAAACCUGUGGGCGAAUUACCUGGCUAAAGGAGUGAUUGUGGAGCAUUUUGGCUUGCCAUCUGUGACCAGCUCAGUGUCAACAGUCAGCUUGGAUCAACCUUAUGUUUUUACUGACAUGACAUCCUACUUCACUCUGCUGGUUGGCAUCUACUUCCCUUCAGUAACUGGAAUUAUGGCUGGUUCUAAUAGAUCAGGAGACCUCAGGGAUGCCCAGAAGUCUAUUCCAAUUGGUACAAUCAUGGCAAUUGCAACAACAUCUGCAGUCUAUGUAUCAACAAUCAUUCUCUUUGGGGCAUGUAUUGAAGGUGUGGUACUCAGAGACAAGUAAGUAGAUAUUAUUCAUUUUGUCACAUUUUUCUAUUUUUCCCAGGUGUUUGGUCAUGGAAAAGCAAAUGGUGAACCCACCUGGGCCCUGUUACUGACAGCAUGUAUCUGCGAAACCGGGAUCCUCAUUGCCUCUUUGGAUGAGGUGGCACCCAUUCUCUCCAUGUUUUUCUUAAUGUGCUACAUGUUUGUGAACCUAGCCUGUGCUCUACAGACACUACUCCGAACCCCAAACUGGAGACCCAGAUUCAAAUAUUAUCAUUGGACUAUGUCAUUCCUGGGAAUGAGCCUAUGCCUGUCCUUGAUGUUUAUUUGUUCCUGGUACUAUGCUAUUGUGGCCAUGGUAAUUGCAGGACUUAUCUACAAAUACAUUGAGUUCAAUGGAGCUGAAAAAGAAUGGGGAGAUGGAAUCCGUGGUCUGUCCCUCAGUGCAGCCCGGUAUGCUCUGCUCAGGCUUGAAGAAGGUCCUCCUCACACCAAGAACUGGAGGCCUCAGCUUCUGGUACUUGUAAAGGUGGACGAAGACCAGAAUGUAAAACAUCCACAGCUUCUAACUUUCACUUGCCAACUAAAGGCCGGGAAGGGGCUCACCAUUGUGGGCACGGUGUUGGAGGGCAGCUUCCUGGAGAAUCACACACAGGCCCAACGGGCUGAAGAGUCGGUUAAACGUCUCAUGGAAGUGGAAAAGGUGAAAGGGUUCUGUCAAGCCGUUGUAUCAUCCAACCUGCGUGAUGGCAUGUCCCAUCUCAUCCAGUCAUGUGGUCUGGGAGGAAUGCAGCACAACACUGUACUGAUGGGCUGGCCAAGGGCCUGGAGGCAAUCUGACGAUCCAAGAACAUGGAAAAAUAUAAUUGAAGUGGUUCGAGAAACAACAGCAGGACGUUUGGCUCUUUUGGUGGCUAAGAACAUCACUGCAUUUCCAUCAAACCAGGAGAGGUAUUCUGAGGGUUACAUUGAUGUCUGGUGGAUUGUUCAUGAUGGGGGAAUGCUGAUGCUCCUGCCUUUCCUCCUCAGGCAGCAUAAGGUGUGGAGGAAAUGCAAGAUGCGCAUUUUCACAGUGGCCCAGUUGGAAGAUAACAGCAUUCAGAUGAAGAAGGACCUCACAGUGUUUCUCUAUCACCUGCGAAUUGUAGCUGAGGUGGAAGUUGUUGAGAUGCAUGACAGUGAUAUCUCAGCCUACACUUAUGAACGAACACUGAUGAUGGAGCAGCGGUCACAAAUUCUAAAGGAAAUGCACCUAACAAAAAACGAGAGAGAGCGUGAGAUUCAAAGCAUCACAGAUGAAUCACGUGGUUCCAUUCGUCGUAAACAUCCCGCAAAGGCCAAGCUACGCUUGAGCAGCCAGGACGAGCAGGAAGGAGGGCCUGUUGAGAAACCCGAGGAGGAGGUUCAGUUGAUUCACGACAAAACAGCUUCUACUCAGUCAAUCGCCUCUCAGUCACCUGCUGAGGAGGUCAGCACACCCGGAGAGAAAGUUCACAUGACUUGGACUAAAGAAAAAUUAGCCGGAGACAAAAACAAAAACAAGGGGCCAGUCACACCAGAGGAAAUCCGGGAUCUUUUCAGUAUGAAACCUGAAUGGGAGAAUCUAAAUCAGUCAAAUGUCCGACGGAUGCACACGGCAGUCAAACUGAACGAAGUCAUCGUGAAAAAGUCCCAAGACGCUAAGCUGGUCCUGCUGAACAUGCCAGGACCUCCGAAAAACCGGAAUGGAGAUGAAAACUACAUGGAAUUCCUGGAGGUGUUGACAGAAGGUCUGGAUCGGGUGCUGUUGGUUCGUGGCGGGGGCCGUGAAGUCAUCACCAUUUACUCCUGA